UUAUGACCGAUUCCGAAACACGAGCCAAACGCCAAGGAGUCUCGAUAAGCAUCGUGUUUUGCGUACGACUGAAUUUCUUGUUUAGCUUCAAUACAUCACCAGUCCCUACCUCUCUCAUUCCUCCACUAAGAAACCCUAGAUUUAUCGCAACAAACUCAGCUCUUUCUUACCAACAAUGGCCGGAUCGGAGAGUGAACCAGCGAAUUCAUCAUCCGGUGAAGAAGAAGAAGUUUCGUCUGAAGGGUCGGAAUCAGAAUCGGAGCCCGACAAGACGUCAACACCUCCACCUUCUUCCAAGAAAACGCAACUCACCCACAAUUCAUCUUCUGACGAAUCGGGCUCAGAGUCUGAAUCCGACACCGAUAAGCCUCCCGAGAAGCCAACAAUACCCGACCCGAGUAUCAAACCCAUAGCCUCAAAGCCCAUGGAAGAUGACCAAUCGAAAAAACCCAGAUCCAAGAUUCCUACCACUCGCUAUUCACCACCUCCUCUUAAAUCAUCCACCGGAAAACGGCCUGCGGCAGAGGGUGAACCUCAGGAUUUGAAGAGGGUAAAGAAGAAGACGGUGGUCGCGGUGGCGGCACCGGAUGCGGGUAAUGGUGGUGAAAAGAAACAACUUUUUCAAAGACUCUGGAGUGAAGACAACGAAAUUGAGCUAAUCGAAGGUAUGAUUAAUUACGUUAAUGAAAAGGGUAAAGAUCCCGUUGCAGAUGUCAACGAUUUUCAUGACUUCGUGAAGAAAUCACUUCAUGUCGAUGUCAACAACAAACAAGUGAUUGCCAAAGUUAGAAGACUGAGGAAGAAGUACGAAAACAACGUAGCUAGAGCUGAGAACCAAAGUAAAAAAGUUCGAUCUUUUUCGAAUCCCCAUGAGAAGAAAAUGUAUGAAUUAUCAAAAAACUUAUGGGGUAAUGAUAGUAAUAAGAAUGUAGUCAUGAGUUCCACCAUCAAGAAAGUCAACGUGACACCCAAACCAAACAAGAAUCGUAAGAGUAAUGUGAAUGGAGGGGGUGAACCUGAACCUGAACCUGAACUUGAGGUGACCCCUAAAGAGGUUCAACCGAAAGUGGUGCAGCCCCUGCGGUCGGACCAUGGUUCAAUGGGGUUCAUGUUUACAGAUGAGGCGAUUAUGAACAAGGGGUUAGAGCUGCUUUCAGCUCCUAAAAAGUUAGAAAUGGAAGAAAAAUGGAAGAAUCUUAAGGUUCAAGAACUUAAGCAUUUCUUGAAGAAGGUGGAGCUUUUGAAAGAGCAAGGGGAGAUCGUGUUGAAUGCUAUGGUGAAAUCUGGUGAUAAUUAAACUACAUUGUUGUUAUGGGUUGUAUUUGUUUAGGAGCUCUGCAAAAAAAAGAGUUAGGCUUUGUUAUGUGUGUAAUAUGUUUGUUUUGGUAUCUUUAGGAUGCUAGUUUGGUAAAGUUAACUUGUUGUUAUAGUAUCGUAUAUGGUUUCUUUAAUUAAUAUGUAUCUUUAAGAUGAACAAAUCAAUUGAGCUUGUAUUGUAGCAAUUUUUAACUUUGUUUCUAUAAUAGAGCUUGAUAAUUUUCUUUAUAUAA